AUGGGGCCUGAACAACAACAACAACAGCAGCAGCAGCAACAGCAGCAACAACAGCAACAAGCUGUGCCUUCAGUGUCAGAACAACAGUCUAGAGUAAUUGCACCCCAAGGGUUAAUGAAUCCUGCCAUGACAUCACAACCUCGGCCUCCAGCAGCAGGAGGAUCAUCUUCCAUGACUUUAUUUGAUAACCUUACCUCGCAGUUAACACCAGAAAGAAAAGAAAGAUUUAUUGAAUUAUUCAAGAAGCUACAAAGCAAUUCAGUUACUGCAAAUCAAUUCCUAGCACAGGCAAGAUUAUUGCUGGAUCAGCAACAGUAUCAGCAGCUCGAAAACUUGAAGAACAAGCCAGUACAACCCAUGAUGCCAAGGCCGGUAUCUAUACAACCGCAAACAUCGCAACAACAACAGCAGCAGCAACAGCAGCAACAGCAACAAUUGGACUAUAAUGCUCUUAAACGAACAAUGAGUGGCUCACAGUUACGAUCUGAGGAUACUCAUCAACGAGCAAUUCUUCAACCACAGCUGAAAAGAGCUGAUAUACCCAUCCAACAGCAACAGCAACAACAACAACCAGUACCCAUCUAUAGAUCAAAUACAGCUCCACCAUCUACAAUGGAUCAUCAGCAUAUGGGAAUGCAGCCUGAUACUAUUGAUCCAGCAAUAAAGAACGAAACGGAUGGAGAGCAAAUUUCAAUUGUGCAAGAUUUUAUGAACCUGGAUAUUUUGAAAGGCUUAAUAGCAAAAAUAUCUGCAUCUUUAGAUACUGUCAAUGUACAGCCUGAAGUCUAUUCAAUGAUUGCUUUGGCCACACAAGAGCGCAUACAGAAGCUGAUAAAGGACAUGAUUGAAGCAUCAAAAUACAGAAUGGAUUCACAAACAUUUACACAGCCACCGCCAGACGAAGCCGGUCGUUACCCAUAUAAAAUCGUAGACGUACAGGAUAUUAAAAAGCAACUUUUGGCUAUUGAAAGAGUAGAGCGUGAGGAAGAAAGACGAAGAAGAGAGUAUAUUUCUGAAAGAGAACGAAGGUCACAAAUGGGUGACGAUGAUAAAGAAGGAGGAGAUGAUGACAAGCCAAAGAAGAAAAAGAAGAAGGAUCAAGGUGGCGUUAGUGCAAGAUAUAUGAGUGAUGAUGUGCGUAAUAAGAGCACAAACGAAACAGCCCUGAUGAUUGCAGGCGGUGUAAAGAAGAGUUGGAUGUUGACAGGUUUAGCUGGAGGGACAAAAGAUAUGCCUCCAUUUACUCCUUCAAAGCCUCCAGCUUCAUCACCACCUAAUAAUCUACCCCCUUCUUCAACAUCAGCAACGCCUACAAACGCUCCAUCACCAACAGGUGGACAAAUUCAGAGUCCAACUUUGUUUCAGCAUCCUACAACUAGUAGUCCAAUGUCACCUCAGGAUGCAGAUGAUCAACCAAGGGGAAGAGGCAGACCAAAAAGACGAAAAUCAGGCUCAGGCCCUGAUAUGCCAGCAGUAAAAAAAUCAAAAGCAUUUAGAGAUGGUCUCUUUUUGCCUCCUUCGACUAUUGGCCGACCUCAACAUCGUUUCUUUGGCGAACAAGGAGUAAGAAAGGUGACAGUUCGAGAUGCACUAUUUGUAUUAGAGGAUGAAUAUGAAAACAAAAAGGAAUAUGCACCGCGUACUUUACUUAAAACAUACACUUGCUAUUUGAAGUAA